UGAAAAUAAAAUUUGUAUUUUGAUGAACAGAGUCAUAAAACAACUUCACACCAGAGCAAAAACAGGGGAAGAAAAACAGAGGGAGUGGAGAGUGUUUGUGUGUUGUUUGGAAAACAAUGGCGAGAGGGGUUCUCGUUCGUGAACCAUGGAUCUUUUUGUGUAUAUGUAUUCUUCUUACUGCCCAUCAUGCUACUUGUUUUUACCUCCCUGGUGUUGCACCUGAGGAUUUCCAGAAGGGGGAUCCAUUGAGAGUGAAGGUGAACAAAUUGACUUCCACAAAAACACAGCUUCCCUACUCAUACUAUUCACUGCCUUAUUGUCAGCCAAAUCGCAUUGUCGACGGUGCAGAAAAUCUAGGGGAAGUUCUCCGGGGUGACCGCAUUGAGAACUCUCCUUUUGUGUUUAAAAUGAGAGAACCUCAGAUGUGCAAUGUUGUUUGCCGUAUAACUCUUACUGCAAAAACAGCCAAAGAGUUCAAGGAAAAGAUCAAUGAUGAGUAUAGAGUGAUGAUGAUUUUAGACAAUCUUCCUUUGGUUGUUCCUAUAAGAAGGCCGGAUCAAGAAUCUUCCAUGAUGUAUCUGCAUGGAUUCCUUGUUGGUCUUAAAGGACAGUAUUCUGGAAACAAAGACCAAAAGUAUUUCAUUCACAAUCACUUGACAUUUGUGGUCAAGUAUCAUAGAGACCCAGUGACAGAGGUGUCAAGGAUUGUCGGAUUCGAGGUUCAUCCAUUCAGUGUAAAGCAUGAAUAUGAAGGUGAAUGGGAUGAGAAGACCCGUUUAACUACUUGUGAUCCCCAUGCAAAAAAACUAGUCACCAGCUCUGAAUCUCCUCAAGAGGUUGAAGACGAGAAGGAAAUCAUUUUUACCUAUGAUGUAGAGUUUGAGGCCAGUGAUGUGAAGUGGGCAUAUCGCUGGGACACCUAUCUUCUAACCCCUGAUGACCAGAUUCACUGGUUUUCAAUUGUCAAUUCUUUGAUGAUUGUACUUUUCCUUUCUGGCAUGGUGGCUAUGAUAAUGUUGAGGACACUUUACCGCGAUAUCUCCCAGUACAAUCAACUAGAGACACAAGAAGAAGCACAGGAAGAGACAGGGUGGAAGCUUGUCCAUGGUGAUGUUUUUAGGCCUCCAUCAAACUCAGACUUGUUCUGCGUAUAUGUCGGAACAGGUGUUCAGUUUUUCGGAAUGAUUCUAGUCACCAUGAUCUUUGCUGCAUUCGGAUUCCUGUCACCGGCAAAUAGAGGCGGAAUGAUGACAGCAAUGCUCUUGCUCUGGGUUUUCAUGGGACUAUUUGCUGGAUAUGCUUCAGCAAGGCUUUAUAAGAUGUUUAAGGGAACAGAAUGGAAGAGAAUCAGUCUCAAAACAGCUUUUAUGUUUCCUUCCACAGCCUUUGCAGUGUUCUUUAUGCUCAAUGCUCUUAUUUGGGGUCAAAGAUCUUCUGGGGCUGUGCCAUUUGGAACCAUGUUUGCUCUUGUUUUCUUGUGGUUUGGCAUCUCAGUUCCACUGGUUUUUGUUGGUGGACUUCUCGGGUUCAAAAAACCAACAAUUGAGGAUCCUGUGAAGACAAACAAGAUAGCUAGGCAGAUCCCAGAGCAGGCUUGGUACAUGAACUCAGUCUGCUCUAUUCUGAUAGGAGGCAUUCUCCCAUUUGGUGCAGUUUUUAUUGAGCUUUUCUUCAUUCUCACAUCAAUCUGGUUGCAUCAAUUCUAUUAUUUAUUCGGUUUUCUGUUCAUCGUGUUCAUCAUCCUCAUUAUCACUUGUGCUGAGAUCAGCGUUGUUCUCUGCUACUUCCAGCUGUGCAGUGAAGACUACCUUUGGUGGUGGAGGUCAUAUCUGACUUCAGGUUCCUCUGCACUUUACCUUUUCCUCUAUGCUGGUUAUUACUUCUUUACAAAACUUGAGAUCACAAAGCCAGUGUCUGGGGUCCUGUAUUUUGGAUACAUGCUGCUUCUUUCUUAUGCUUUCUUUGUGUUGACUGGUACAAUUGGUUUCUAUGCAUGCUUCUGGUUCACAAGGCUGAUAUAUUCCUCAGUGAAAGUUGACUGAGCCUUGUCAAUUUUAAGUUACUCCCAUGAUUCCAGUUUUAAGCUUAACCAGAAAUUUAGUCUCCUAAGUAUAGGUUGUUUUGCAGUUCUGAUUUUUUGUUCACAGCAUCAAAUGUAUUUUACAAGAAGCAGAAUUUUGUCCUC